GGAAGGGGAAGACCCAGGUUCAUCUGUUCUGAGUUCCUAAGCCUGGGUGAAAGCAUGUGCGCUUGUGCAUCCAGAGUGGCUUGGCCAGUGCGGUGUGCUGGAGGGAGGGGAGAGUCUGUGUGUCCUUAGCGAGGACCCCAGCACCACUUCCCCAGGCCUUGGGGAGCACAGAUCCAUUGAUCCGUUAAUCAAUCAAUCGAUCGAUCAAUGUUUUCUUAGUCAUCUGCUGUGUGUCAGGCUCUCCCCUGAGGAACAUUCCAGGCCUAACGAGAGCUCUAAACCAAGGGAACCAGGCAAGAGGACUCCAUUUCCCAGAAUGCAUCUGUCGUGACUUCAUGUAAACUCCCCCGUAGAAAACUGCAUUUCCCAGAAUGCCGAGGUUCUUAUGUUUUACAACUCUUGGCACCUCCCUCUGUGUCAUCCCAAGGCAUUCUGGGAAUCUCACCUGGGCAGUCUCAGCUCCUGGAAGGCUCAAAGUUGUGGUCCUUGGACCUUUUCUGGGCUCACACCGAGGAAGUCUCCCCGCCUCGGGCUGCCACCCCCUGAAGGACCCCAGGGUGGCCAGCAGAGAGCUGGAAGCCAGAGGAAAUGGCCCCUGGGACCCGGAGGUACCCCUCUUGGGUCAUUUACCCCAUGUAUAUUCCAUUGAUCCACCCUUCUACUGCCAUGGACCAGGGUCCAGCCCCACUUGUGGCUCCAGGGGUUCUCAACAGGUGGAGCGGGUAGGCGGAAAUAAGAGGCGGAAGACUGCUGUGUAUGUGUAUCUGCCAGGGGCAGGCUUUGCAUGAAGUGGCUGCUUCGCCAUGCCCAGGGGUCAAUAACAUUCCAAGAUGUGGCUGUGGACUUCACCCAGGAAGAGUGGUGUCUACUGGACCAUUCUCAGAAAGAGAUGUAUCUGGAGGUCAUGCUGGAGAAUGUGCAGAAUCUACUUUCUGUGGGGCUUCCAGUUCCUAGAGAAAAUUUUAUCUCUUGUUUUCAGCAAGGGGAAUCACCAUGGCUACUAGAGCAAAAAGGCCUAAGGCAUUCCUGCUCAGAAACAGAGACUAAUUUUAAAGUGAAGGAGAUGACUACUAAGCUAAGACUUUUUGUAGAAAGAUCUGGCCUCCAAAGAUGCAUGAAUGAGGGUCCCCAUGACUUCGUUUUGAGAGAAAUCGGUGACUCUACUAUCAGGGCAAAUAAAAAUCCAAAGAGUGACUCUGGAUUUAAAGAAACUGCAGAGAAAUUUAGCCAAUAUUCAGUCCUGAAUCCAUAUAUGAAAUUGACGUCAGGAAAUGACUGUUGUCAGGAUAGUGAAUAUAUAAAUUGCUUUCCUCAAGAAGUAGGACUUGUUCAAUCACAUGAGAUAUUUCCUGAAAUGCCAAUGUAUCAAGGUAACCCAGGGGGAAUGGCCUUUGGCUGGAGUUUAGAUCUCAUUACACAUCCAAAAAGUAAAGGUGUCAAGAUGGUUUCUGUUAGUGAUAAAGGUGGGAGACCUUUUAGUCAGAACUCUGAGCUUGCUGCACAUCAGAGAAUCUACACUAGAGGGAAACGUUAUGAAUGUAAAUACUGUGGAAAGGCUUUUAAACAGAAGGGCCAUCUUGCUGCACAUCAGACUGUCCACACUGGAGAGAAACCUUAUGAAUGCAAACACUGUGGAAAGGCUUUCACACAGAGGGGAAGUCUUGCUGCACACCAGAGAAUUCACUCUGGAGAGAAACCUUAUGAGUGUAAACACUGUGGAAAGGUUUUCACAAAAAGGGACUAUCUUGCUGCACAUCAGAGAAUCCACACUGGAGAGAAACCUUAUGAAUGUAAACACUGUGGAAAGGCUUUCACACAGAGUGGCAGUCUUGCUUCACAUCAGAGCAUCCACACUGGAGAAAAACCUUAUGAAUGUAAACAAUGUGGAAAGGUUUUCACAAGGAGAGAAUCUCUUGCUGCACAUCAGAGAAUCCACACUGGAGAGAAACCUUAUGAAUGUAAACACUGUGGAAAGACUUUUGCACGGAGGGGCUAUCUUGUGUCACAUCAGAGAAUCCACUCUGGGGAGAAACCUUAUGAAUGUAAACACUGUGGAAAGAUUUUCACGCAAAGAAGCAGUCUUGGUGUACAUCAGACAGUCCACAAAGGAGAUAAACCUUAUGAAUGUAAACACUGUGGAAAGACUUUUUCAUGGAAGAUCUCUCUUGCUAAACAUGAGAAAAACUACACUGGAGAGAAACCUCAUUGUAUGGGAUAAAAUCUUGCAUUAUUCUCCAGCAUACAUUAUUUAGUAUUAGUAAUUUUUCAUUGGUAACUUCCUAUAAAAAAUUGGUGAAAGUUUGGUGCCCUUCAGAAGGGAGAUACUAUCUCCUUAUGAAGAAUAGAGAAAUCCCCAUCCUUAAGCAGCAGUUUCUAUAUAUAUAAAUAUACACCUUCAAUUCACUCUUUUCUGAUGUAACCAAAACUUCUCUUUUUAUACCCCACCUUUUUAUUAUUAUGGAUUAAUAAAAUCAAUGGAUUAAUGAAA